ACAUGGCGGCAAGUUGACGCGCGCAUUUCAUUCAAGGUUGAGAUAAAGGUUGGGAACUUUGUUUGAGAUGGAGAUCCAGGCAAUCCACCAAAAUUUACACUGGGAACCUAAUAACAUACAGAAUGCCAAUUAUACUUCGGAUGAGGAUGAAUUCGAAAGUGGAAACAGUACAGCAAAACUGUACGAACGAUCGCGUAUUAAAGCACUUGCAGACGAACGUGAGGUUGUUCAGAAAAAGACAUUCACAAAAUGGGUGAACUCCCACCUUUCGGUUGUGUCUUGCAACAUCGAAGAUCUAUACCUAGAUCUAAGGGACGGGAAAAUGCUCCUAAAACUCUUAGAGAUUUUAUCUGGUGAACGUCUUCCUCGACCCACAAGGGGGAAAAUGCGAAUCCAUUGUUUAGAGAAUGUUGACAAGUCCUUAAAUUUCCUGUGUGAUCAGCAUGUUCACCUAGAAAAUGUGGGUGCUCACGAUAUCGUAGACGGAAAUUCACGACUAACACUUGGACUUAUUUGGACAAUUAUUUUGCGUUUCCAAAUCCAAGAUAUAAUUGUUGAAGAAUAUCAGACAAGUGAAACCCGAUGCGCUAAAGACGCUUUGUUAUUAUGGUGCCAAAUGAAAACUGCAGGUUAUCCCAAUGUAAAUGUUCGGAACUUUACGACAAGUUGGCGUGAUGGUUUAGCUUUUAAUGCUUUAAUUCAUAAACACCGACCUGAUCUAAUUGAAUACUCCAAACUGUCUAAAUCAGAGCCAAUUAAAAACCUGACUACCGCCUUCAGUGUUGCCGAAGAAAAAUUAAAUCUUCACCCUCUUUUAGAACCAUCUGACGUGGCUGUUGAACAACCAGAUGAAAAGUCUAUUAUUACCUAUGUUGUUACAUAUUACCACUACUUUAACAAAAUGAAAGCUGAUACUGUACAUUCGAAAAGGAUUGGUAAGGUCGUCAACCAGGCCAUCGAAACUGAUGACAUGAUCAAUCAAUAUGAACAAUUAACUUCUGAUCUUCUUGACUGGAUAAAGAAAACCAUAAAGCUUUUAGACGACCGUACAUUCGCCAAUUCACUUUCGGGUGUUCAACACCAGUUAGCUGGCUUCAACACUUACCGAACCGUCGAAAAACCUCCCAAGUUCAGAGAAAAAGGGGGUCUUGAAGUUUUACUUUUCACUAUUCGCAGUAAAAUGCGCGCCAACAAUCAAAGACAAUAUAAUCCACCUGAAGGAAAAAUGAUAGCAGAUAUAAAUCGUGCCUGGGAAAUGCUUGAAAGAGCUGAACAUGCACGGGAAUUAGCUGUACGAGAUGAACUUAUACGUCAGGAGAAGUUGGAACAACUUGCCUCUCGUUUCGACCGUAAAGCUGGAAUGCGAGAAACUUGGCUUACAGAUAAUCAACGACUCGUUUUACAAGAGUUCUUUGGUGAUAACCUUGCUGCUGUUGAAGCUGCAACAAAGAAGCAUGAGGCCAUAGAAACAGAUAUAUAUGCAUAUGAAGAGCGUGUAAAUGCUAUGGUCAAUGUUGCAGAGGAGCUGAAGAGAGAAAAUUAUCAUGCUCAUGAAAAUAUCCAGUUGCGGAGGGAUAAAGUACUUGCUAUGUGGCGUAAUCUAUUGGACUCACUUAGCAUUAGACGCCAGCAUCUAGAACUAAGUUUACAGUUACAGCAUAUCUUCCAAGAAAUGACCUAUUUGAUGGAUUGGAUCGAAGAAAUAAAGAGCCGUCUUAAGUCGCAGGAUUAUGGUAAACAUUUGAUGGGUGUUGAGGACCUCUUGCAAAAGCAUAAUUUAUUGGAAGCUGACAUUCGUGUCCUCGGCGGUAGAAUGAAUCAGGUUGUUGACCAGGCCACCCCAUUUAUUGUUGGGUCAUUUACGCCGGAUAUGGGUGCAUACAAACCAAUUGAACCCGAAAUAGUUCAGGAGCGUACUGAAAAAUUACGUGCGGCGUAUGAUGAUUUACAUGACUUGGCGGAGGCUCGUCUUCGUGGUCUUCGGGAUUCACGGGAAAUGUGGCAAUUUUUCUGGGAUAUGGAGGAUGAAAAGGAAUGGAUCAAAGAAAAAAGCCAGCUUAUGUCCAGUCCAGACUUGGGUCAUGAUCUAAGUUCAGUAAGUCGACUUUUACGUAAACAUAAAGCUCUUGAAGAAGAGUGUCAAAUGCAUCGAGCUGUUUUAGAAGAUGCAUUGAAGCAUGGUGAACAACUUAUUACUGAUGGAAAUCAAGGUGGUGAGCAAAUAUCCCAGCGUAUCGUUGAAAUGAAUCAAUUAUGGGGUCAAUUAGUUGACUUGAUAACAGAGCGUAAACAACGCCUAAUUGAGUCACAGGAUUUCUUCCAACUAAUGGCAGACUGUGAUGAUGCAGAUGUAUGGUUGACUGACCAACAACGCAUUGUUAGCAACGAAGAUGUAGGUCUUAAACAAGCCACAACAGUGUCUUUACUGAAAAACAACCAGGAAGUUAUGGAUAAUCUUCAAAACUACCAAGAAACAAUAUCUCAACUAAAUCAAGAUGCAUCACGAGUUUCUGAUUAUCCAGACAGUGAUGCCACAGCUAUAGCACAUCGUUUAGAUGCGGUCGAUCAACAUUAUGCUUUAGUAAAAGAAUUAUGUAGAUUACGGCAUAAACGUUUAAAUGAUGCUCUUUCGAUGUAUAAACUAUUUGAUGACUCAGAUACCGUACGUACAUGGAUAACUGAAAAAGAAAAACUUUUAACGACGUUAGUUCCAAGUGACGAAAUUGAAGAAUUGGAGGUUAUUCGACAUCGGUUCGAAUGUUUCGAAAAAGAAAUGGCUGGAAACGCCAAAAAGGUUGGUAGUGUAAAUCUACUUUCAGAAGAAAUGUUAGAUAAAGCUCAUCCAGACGCUGAAAAGAUAUUAAGACAUCAAGAUGAACUCAACGCAUCAUGGAAUGAGUUAGCCGACCUUGUUGACAAACAAAAAAGACAAUUAGAUUUAUCUUACCAGUAUAAUCAAUUUUUAAUCGAAAGUUCAGAAACAGCGAAUUGGAUAAAAGAUAAAGCAAAGUUAAUCGAAUCAACCGAUGAGCUAGAUAAUAACUUGGAGGGUAUUAUGCAGCUUCAGCGUAGACUUGGUGGAUUACAACGCGAUUUAAAUGCUAUUGAGGCUAAGGUUAAGCACUUGGAUGAACAAGCCCAAGAACUUACUGAAGCAAAACCAGAAACUCAAGCUGUUGUUAUAGCUGAAAAAGAGAAGAUUCAUGACUUAUGGAAUGAACUGAAAGAGAUCGUAAAAGAAAGAGAUGAUCGACUUAAUGAUUCAAGCGAAUUGCAACGUUUCUUACAAGAUUUAGAUCAUUUCCAAAUCUGGCUUCGUCGCACACAAAUCGCUGUAGCUUCUGAAGAGGUUCCAAAUAACUUAGAGGAGGCGGAGACCCUUUUAGACCAACAUGAACAAUUAAAAGCUGAAAUCGAUGGAUAUGAAAAUGACUUUCAUCGGCUUAUGGAUUUCGGCAGACGUGUGACUGAAGUUCAGACAGAUGCCCAAUACAUGUUUUUGGCCCAGAGGUUAGACGGUAUCGAAGAAAAUUGGGAAGCUCUACGAAGAAUGUAUGAAAACCGCACCGCAGCAUUACAAGAAGGUGUCGAAGCCCAAACAUUCUUUAGAGAUGCUUUACAAGCGGAGGUCCUUCUAGCAAAAAUGGAGAAGGUUGUUUCCAAGGAAGAAGCUCCUAUCAAUUUGGAGAUGGCACAAGAAAAUCUUCGUAAUUUUGAAACCUUCCGAACGUCAUUGGUGCCAACCGAUGAAAAGAUUGACAAUGUGUUGAAUGAUGGUGCGAAAUUGGUUGGUCGUGGAAUUUUCCCUACUGAAAAGAUUCAAAAUAAAUGUGAACAACUUAAACAACGACGAGACUCUCUAAAGAGGCGAGCAGAUGAACAUGGUCAAAAACUCAAAGAACAGUUACAUCUACAAGAAUUUUGUCAGGACGUUGACGAUGCUGAAGAAUGGCUUGCUGAGAAAGCUAUGGCUAUUACAGAGCAACCGGCACCUAUUGCUCGAAGCAUUGCUGCAUUAUAUGGGCGAUUUAAGGCGUUUGAAGGCGAACUUGAUGCCAACAAGGAGAAAAUUGCCAAAGUUAUUGAAGAGGGAGAAGAGCUUAUUGUAGCCCAUCCUAUGCUUCAAGUCCAAGUCGAACCGAAAAUAUCUGCCUUACGUAAGCAGUGGGAAGACCUUAACACCACUACAGCUGAUAAGAGCGCGAAAAUGGCAGAUGCUAACAGAGAAACAUUAUUCGAUGAAACUGCUAAGUCUAUGCUUACAUGGAUUACUGAAGUUAGCUCACAAAUAGUUACUACUACAGAAGAAGUUACUGAAGAAAUCGGUCUCGUUGAAAUCAAUGAACAUCUCAAAGAUCAAGAACGCAAGGAUCAAGAAUUGGCUGCCAAACGCCGAAUGCUUCAAGAUAUGGCGACUCAUGCAGAAAAACUCAAAGAACAAUAUCCUGAACGUCGUGAAGAGUUUGAACAAGUUCACCAGGAAGUGCGUAUUCGUCUUACUGAAUUAGAAGCUCCUCUAGCUGAUCGCCGUGAUCGCCUUGUUAAACAAAAGAGAGUUCGUCAAUUCUUACGAGAUAUUGAAGACGAGAAGGACUGGAUUAAAGAAAAGUUGGCACUUAUUGAAGACUCAUGCAAGCUUGGAAGUUCAUUACUUGCCACACAACAACUUAUAAGACGUCAUCGCAUGCUGUCUAACGAAGUAGAUAAUCACCGUCCACGUAUUGAUGCCGUUUGUCACGAAGGCGAACAAAUGAUACUUGAAGGUCAUCCACGAAGCGAUCGAUUCCGUGAAGCUAUAGAUGAAUUAUGGGUGUUAUGGGAACAAUUACAACAUGUAGUAGGAGAAAGACAAGAACAAUUAACACGAAAUGAAGUUGCUCAGCAGUAUCUAUUCGAUGCAAGCGAAGCUGAAGCUUGGAUGGGAGAGCAAGAACUUUACUUAAUGGGUGAUGAACGUGCGAAGGAUGAACAAGGCGCUAAUAACGCAAUUAAAAAGCAUGAACAACUACAAAAAACUGUAGAGAACUAUGCCACAGAAAUCCGUGGAUUAGGUGAACGAUGCCAGGCUUUAUUGGAAGCCAAUCAUCCUGAGUCUGAAGCUGUUGUCGCUAAACAGGCACGCAUUGACAAGAUGUAUGCGGGUUUACGUGAUCUAUGUAGUGAACGCCGGGCAAGGCUUGAUGAGAUUCUGAAGUUGUAUCAUCUCUUACGAGAUAUUUUAGAUCUUGAGGCUUGGAUUGCAGAACGUAUCUUGGUAGCAAGUAGUCAUGAAGUUGGUGCAGAUUACGAACAUUGUUGUUUACUUCGAGAACGUUUCGCCGAAUUUUCUCGUGAAACAAAUGAACUUGGAAAAUAUCGUAUUAGUGCAGCCAAUGAAUUAUGUAACGCUCUUAUUGGUCAGGGUCACAGCGAAGCUGCUGAAAUCGCCAGUUGGAAGGAUCGAAUUAAUGAAGCAUGGGCUGAUCUACUGGAGCUCAUUGAUACACGUAUUCAACUUUUGAAAACUGCAUGGGAUCUACAUAAAUUUUUGGCAGAUUGCCAAGAUGUUCUCGAUCGUAUUGUCGACAAAGUCAGCAGUAUUCCAGAAGAAGUUGGACGUGAUGCUAAAGCUGUCGCUGCACUUCAACGCAAACACAAUACAUUUGAAUGUGAACUGGCACGUCUUGGAUCACGAGUGGAAGGGAUCGUAGAAGCGGCUAAUAGCUUACUACCGUCUUACGCCGCAGAUAAAGAGCGUCUUAUAUGUGACCGCCGGGACGAAGUUAUUCAUGCAUGGCGACAACUACAAUGUGCUGCGGAACAACGUAAAGCACGCUUACAUGAUGCCUCUGAUGUCCAUCGUUUCUUCUCUAUGGUACGUGAACUUCGUUUGUGGAUGGAUACUAUUCGUAUGGAGAUGACUACUAAAGAAAAGCCAAGGGAUGUAUCCGGAGUCGAAUUGCUGAUGAAUAGUCAUCGUAGCCUAAUGGCUGAAAUAGAUGCUCGAGAGGAAAACUUCAGCAUUUGCCUAAGUUUAGGUCGAACUCUUCUAAAUCGUCGACAUCCUCAAGAAGAAGAAGUCAGAAAAAAAUGCAUUCAGCUGGUAACUGAAAAAAUUUUGCUGAAUGAUCAAUGGGCAGAGCGAUGGGAAACGUUAAGUCUUCUUAUGGAGGUAUAUGAGUUUGCUCGGGACGCUGAGAUAGCAGAUACUUGGCUUACGUCACAAGAAGCUUAUCUUAAUAACACUGAUUUGGGUGAAACGUUAGAUGAAACCUUAGCAUUGUUGAAAAAACAUUUUGCAUUUGAACGUGCAGCCGCUACACAAGAAGAACGUUUCCGAGAGUUAGAGAAGCUUACAACUCUGGAAUUGAAAGCACGUGAAAGAACUCCAGAAACCGAGGCUGCCAGGCAAUUGGAAAAAGAAAGGAAAAUAGCUGAAGCUGUUAGAGAAUUUCAGCCACCUCCACCUCCUGUGUCCGUACCUGUACAAACGCCGGUUUCAGAAGCUGAUAGGCGGGCUGUGGAUAUCAGAGAUGCUGAACAAGGUAGUAGUCGUCUUCCAACGGUAACCACCCCAAGACAUGAACGUGGAAGUUCUGAUGUUGGUAAACCUGUUCCUCGUGACUUUGAAGGUGUUUUAACACGUAAACAUGAAUGGGAAACAGGCACAAAGAAAGCUUCUUCUCGCUCUUGGCAUGAGUUGUAUUUUGUCCUCUCUGCAACGUCUUUCACACUUUCUGCCUAUAAAGAGCAAAAACAUGCCAAAGAAAGACCUGGGGAUUUAUAUCGGCAUGAACUCCCUGUUAAUUUAGUGGGCGCUUCCGCUGCACCUGCGUACAACUACGCCAAACGCUCUUUUGUAUUCCGUCUCAAACUUUCGAACGGAGGUGAAUCUCUAUUUCAAGCACAUUCUGAAAAACAUAUGCAUAGCUGGGUUCAAGCUAUUAAUGCAGUGGCAUCAAGUGCAAGUGGGCAACCAAUGGAGUCUUCUUCAUCUGCUGGAGGACGAGCUGCCACGUUACCUUCUGGAGUUGCUCCUGAGUCUCAAGUAGCUAGUAGCUCUUCUGCUCCCGGGAAGAAAAAGUUUUUCACUUUAGGUCGUAAAAAGUAGUUGAUCUUUUAUUGAAUGUGCUUGUGAUACUUUUGUUGAGGUAGUAAAAAUAACUUGUGACUAUCCCUUGUCACUCACUCACUAUCGUAGCUUCAUAAUAUAGGCUCACAAAGUGCACAAGCAAUUAACUUGUCCGUGUUUUCUUUUCGCUUUAAAUAAACGCGCGCGCGCAUUUUCGUAUGAUUUUUAAACAUCUGCCUCGUUUUUUAAGUCUCUUGGUUUCGGAAGUUUUUUUUAUAAAUAUGUAAGCGCGUUUAUUUUACCUCCGGUUCGAAGGCCAACACAUACAUACACAUAUAACUUCUUCAAUUAAUCACCACGUUCUUGCUGAUACUGUUGCUUUUUAAAAAAAAAUCGGAAGCAUAAAUUAUUCUUGAGAUAUUUUAAUAAUAAUCCUCAGUUUUAGGAUGUUAUUAUUGUUAUUAUCGCUAUAGUUAUUCUAUUUUAUUUUUUGUAAAGUUAUUCAAAUAAUCACUAAGUUAGUUUAUUCAUGUAUUUGUUCGUUUCUCUGUUUGUUUGUUUCUGAUUCAUUUUUAUUCCAUCACUUCAAGCUUACAACAUUAUACAUACAUACGAUGAUACAUUUACAUUGAUUACGAAAAAAAAAUAAUAAUAAGCAGCCAACUUGUUAAUUUCCCAAUAAAUAACAAUACAUGUGCAUUUUCGCUUUUUUCUGUUGUUAUAUUUCACCCUUUUCUAAUAAUGAACUGCUUUAAAGAAAUUAUGAUUUCGGUUAGUUUGGUUUUAAUUUUUUUGUGUGUAUUUGUUCCCUUGUUCGUCUAAAAGUAACAACUAUUGAUCAAAUUACGAAUUAGUACUACUCAUCGUAAUAAUCAAUUAAGUCACUAAUAGUCUACAUGUUUCCAAAUAGCUUUUUUCUCUUUAUUCCUCUUCACUGCUUUUUGGGGACUUGAUUGAUGGUAGCCUUUCAUUAUCGUCUAUAAUAAUUAACUCUCUGCAUGUUAACAAUAUAUUGAUAUAUAUAUAUAUAUAUAUAUAAAAUACUGUCGACUCUACCAAUAAUUAAGAAAAUAACAAGUAUGAAAGCUCGUUCCUAUAUAAUAAUAAUAAUAAUAAUAAUAAUAAUAAUAAUAAUAAUAA